CUUUGCUUAGUGCGGAAUAAUAAAUAACCUCUCAACUUGGUGAACAUUGGGUUAAAUGUUACGUUUAUUAUGAAUGCUUAAGAGUUAAGAGAUCCAAUCCAGUCUUGGUACAUAAAAGAAAAAAGCCAAUGAGAAAGGUCCACGUAUGUGGAUAGAGAUAGUUGAUAAAUGUGAGGGACAAUCGAGUGCAUCAUCAUCGAGAUCAUCUCUCCUUCAACUUUACUUUGGUGGUAUCAAUCAAUCACUUCCCCCUCGACUUUUUUCUCAAUCACGUCUCUUCCUCAUUAUCUUCGGAUCGUAGAGAGAAAACGUGUUUCUCAGAUUGAUUCUUUGAUUGUAAAUUUUGAUUUUGCGACAGGUAGAACGAGUGAUGAUUCAGGGUAUGGAGAUUCGUCAUUUGCUGCUGGUAGUCGCUGUGUUGUUGAGCUUAGUUUUACAAGGACAAGGUGGGAUCACAAGUAGCUACGUCCGCUCCGAAUGGCCCGCCGUUGAUAUUCCACUCGACCACAAAGUUUUCAAAGUCCCUAAAGGCUACAACGCUCCUCAACAAGUACAUAUAACUCAAGGUGAUUAUGAUGGAAAGGCUGUUAUCAUCUCUUGGGUGACUCCUGAUGAGCCUGGCUCCAGCACGGUCCAUUACGGCGCCGUCCAGGGCGAAUACGACUUUGUGGCUAAAGGCACUUACUCUAACUACACUUUCUACAAAUACAAGUCUGGCUACACCCAUCACUGCCUAGUCUCUGGCCUUGAGGUAACAACAGUACCCACAUGUUUCUGUUUCAUUGGUGGCAAAUUGUGGACAUGGAACUGCAUAUUUUUAUUUGAUCUUAGUUUAUAUAUCAUUCACAUGCAAAUUAUUGGGGGGUUAAUAUUGCAGUAUAAUACAAAGUACUAUUACAAGAUUGAAAGUGGUGAAUCUUCUAGGGAGUUUUGGUUCGUUACACCACCACAUGUACAUCCAGAUGCAUCUUACAAGUUUGGUAUCAUAGGCGACCUGGGACAAACAUUCAACUCCUUGUCCACACUGGAACACUACAUGCGGAGUGGAGCUCAAGCUGUCUUAUUCCUUGGAGAUCUCUCUUACGCUGACAGAUAUCAAUAUAACGAUGUUGGUGUCAGAUGGGAUACUUGGGGCCGUUUCGUGGAGCCCAGUACCGCUUAUCAGCCCUGGCUCUGGUCUGCAGGCAACCACGAAGUCGAUUACAUGCCAUACAUGGGGGAAGUGACACCUUUCAAGAAUUACCUUGAGCGUUACACUACGCCAUACUUGGCUUCAAAAAGUAGCAAUCCUCUCUGGUAUUCUGUUAGGCGUGCCUCCGCUCAUAUCAUUGUCCUCUCCAGUUAUUCUCCUUUUGUGAAGUAUACCCCUCAAUGGAGAUGGCUUGAUGAAGAGUUCAAAAGAGUUGACAGGGAGAAAACUCCUUGGCUAAUUGUUCUGAUGCAUUCCCCGAUUUACAACAGUAAUGAAGCACACUUCAAGGAGGGUGAAAGCAUGCGAGCAGCUUUUGAGGAAUGGUUUGUCGAAUACAGAGUUGAUGUAGUCUUUGCUGGACAUGUUCAUGCCUACGAGAGAUCGUACCGAGUAUCAAAUGUACGGUAUAAUGUGUCAAGUGGAGACCGCUUCCCAGUUCCAGAUACGUCAGCUCCUGUUUAUAUAACAGUUGGAGACGGAGGAAAUCAAGAAGGUCUUGCGGGAAGGUUUAUGGAACCACAGCCAGAUUAUUCUGCAUUUAGAGAAGCUAGCUACGGACACUCCACUCUGGACAUAAAAAACCGAACACAUGCGAUAUACCACUGGAACCGCAAUGAUGAUGGGAAGAAAGUAGCAACAGAUGAGUUUGUGCUAUACAACCAGUACUGGGGAAAGAACAUUAGACGGAGAAAGCUGAAGAAGCAUUAUAUCAAGAGUGUCGUGGUUGACUGGAUUGCCAGUUGAUUUGCUUACUAAGUAUAGGCGAAGAUAUUCGUCCAACUCUUUGCUCUUUUUCUUUACUACCUAAACCAGAUCUUGAUUACUUAUAUGCUUCUAAUAUUUGUUUGUGCUUAUUCAUCCAUGAACUUAAUAACACAUAAACUGGCUAAAACGUAUACACUUGCCUGUAACAUUGUUAGUUAAACUGUCGACAGUUGUAGAGCCAGUGAUGUGCUCAGAGGUUUACGCUUGAAUGUAUUCAAGCAAGUGCACAUCAAAAUGCAUUAGUAUGGUUAGGUACCUUUG